AAUUAAUAGUUUUGUUUUUGGAGCAGAUGUAGAUUUGAAUAGAACUAUUAUAGUGUGUGGCUUCAACAAGUUAUACUGUCUAUUUAAUUCAAUUUUAAACACAGACUAAGAAAUACACCGAAAUGUCAAUGCUAACGUUUGAAUACUGCUGCUGUUGCUUCGACCUUCGGAUUGGGAGUUUAAUUAUUGGAUACCUUAAUGUGAUUUUCAACCUAGUGAUCACCGUGCUCUGCAGUUUGAAGAUUCGCGAUGGAUUGGCCAUAAAGAGGCUGGGAUUAGAUUCCGUGUUCGACAUCUCAACACCGAUCAUUGCGACCAACUCCAUUGAGUUGGCCAUCGCGCUGCUGUUCAUUAUAUUCUCGCUUAUGCUGAUUUAUGGGAUUCAUAAGUACCAACGCCUCUUCGUGAAGUCAUACCUAAUCUACUCAUUUGUUUUUAUCAUACUGGUAGCGGUUAUCUUCUUCGUCUGUCUGGGAACCGAAACAAUGGGCCCCGGACAAAUUAUCACAUUUAUUAUUGCUGUUGCAAUCAACAUAUACUUCUUGCUGGUGGUCAGAAGCUACUAUCUCACGAUGGGCGAAAUUCAAACAAACUACAACGGUUAGAUGUCAUCAAAAACCAAUCAAUGUUUCGUUUCUUUCACUCUCAAUUAAUUUUACAUAAGUUAGAACGUGACAAAAUAGUGAUUUGUUAAUUGACUGUA